AUCUUCUUCUACUCUAAUGGUUCAAGGCACAUGGUAGUUCAAUGCCAUUUUUAUCAGUUUUACUGUCACGACCAGGACGGGAGUUACUCGUCAUAAUGCCCUCCUGUAUAUUGGUGUUACUGAUUUUCUGUGGAUGUGCGGCCGCGGAACCGGCGAGGUUUGACGGCCACAAGGUUUUACAAAUCGUACCCCACACUACGACAGAACUGGAAAAUGUGCUGGCCCUGCACGAUCUUUACAAUUUGGAUGUUUGGCGACAUCCACGAAAACACAACUACUCCAUGGAUGUCUACGUGGAGCCAGAGAAGCUGCAGCCUGUGUUAACCGCUCUUAAGGACAUAGGAGCGGAUGUCAAAAUCUGGAUUGAUGAUUUGCAAAAGUUGAUAGACGCAGAAAGACAACCCUCCAGAAGACGUACCCACGUUCCCUCCCAGACACAAAGAAAUGCCUCUCUAUUUGACCACUUCAGGUUCAACCGGUUUGCAGAUAUCAAGAAGUAUCUGAAUGACGUGGUGACACUGACGCAGUCUAUGAGCACGGUGAACGCCUCUUUGGUGAAAAUUGGAGACACCUACCUAUCAAACGAAAUUCUACUUCUGAAGAUAUCAAGAGGAGAUGGCCGGGCGCGCCCCUCAAUUUUCAUUGAUGGUGGGAUCCAUGCCCGCGAGUGGAUAGCUCCUGCAACUGUUUUGUAUUUUAUCCGCGAGCUGGUGAAUGGGGGUGUAGAUGACUAUGCUUCUCAACUACUUGAUAAAUUCGAUUGGUACCUUGCGCCGGUGUUGAAUCCUGAUGGUUAUGAAUAUUCCCACACUAAUUACAGGCUUUGGAGGAAAAACAGAGUUGAUAAUGGAAGAAACUGUCAUGGAACGGAUCUAAACCGGAACUUCGGACAUAAUUGGAAUCCAGCUAUUGGUGGAAGUACUAAUGUUUGCUCCGACGUCUACUCUGGAAAGUCGGCGUUCUCUGAGGCAGAGAGCAGAGCUGUUGAAUCCUUUAUCCUCAACAACAAUAAAGACAUGAUUGCCUACCUUACAUACCAUUCCUACGGUGAGAUGUGGUUGUACCCCUGGGGCUACACGUCCGCCCUUCCCGUGGACUGGCAAGAUCUGGAUUCUGCUGCGAAGACUGCCACCUCCGCGUUAAGUGAGCUGUAUGGCACCCAGUACCUUGUGGGUUCAUCAACCAACGUCCUGUACUCCGCUGCUGGUGGAUCAGACGACUGGGCUAAAGGUGAUGCCGGAGUGAAGUAUUCCUACACCAUUGAACUCCGAGAUACUGGCGCACACGGUUUUGUACUUCCGGAAGACCAAAUACGACCAAAUGGCGAAGAAUCGUGGAGAGCCUUGAGGGUGCUUGCAUUGUCUUUAAGUACAACUAGACAUUAAAUAUUGUGAUUAAAAAAAAAAAA